GACCCCGGAAGGCCCUGCCGGGCGAAGCUGGUUUUUUCGAUUGCCGCCGGGAUUUGCAGUCGCCGAGUUCGUGUCCCUCUGCCUCUCUGAGGGGCGCCGCCGCUCGCCUGGCCAUGGACGAUACCCUGUUCCAGUUGAAGUUCACAGCAAAACAACUGGAGAAACUAGCGAAGAAGGCAGAGAAGGACUCCAAGGCCGAGCAGGCCAAAGUGAAGAAGGCCCUUCAGCAAAAGAAUGUGGAGUGUGCCCGUGUAUAUGCCGAGAAUGCCAUCCGCAAGAAGAAUGAGGGUGUGAACUGGCUGCGCAUGGCAUCCCGUGUGGACGCAGUGGCCUCCAAGGUGCAAACGGCUGUGACCAUGAAAGGGGUGACCAAGAACAUGGCACAAGUGACCAAAGCCCUAGACAAGGCCCUGAGCACCAUGGACCUGCAGAAGGUGUCUGCAGUGAUGGACAGAUUUGAGCAGCAGGUGCAGAACCUGGAUGUACACACAUCGGUGAUGGAAGACUCCAUGAGCUCGGCCACCACACUCACUACGCCUCAGGAGCAAGUGGAUAGCCUUAUUGUGCAGAUUGCCGAGGAGAAUGGCCUAGAGGUACUAGACCAGCUCAGCCAGCUGCCCGAGGGUGCCUCUGCUGUGGGCGAGAGCUCCGUACGUAGCCAGGAGGACCAGCUGUCUCGGAGGUUGGCUGCCUUGAGGAAUUAGCUGCCCCGCUGUACACUGCCUCCUCUGCCCCAUGGAUCUUGCCACUGCCUCAGCUGCUCUCACCUGCAAGGCCCAGAAUUAUUCCUGUUUUCAUAGAGCGGCAGUGGGCCUCUGUCCUGGUGUUGCAUUUAUACGGACUUAGGGGUAACUUCUGUGACUCUGAGCUCCCCUCUGCCCUCCAUGGAGUUGAUGGACACUGGCCAACAGGUGCCGUGCGGACCUCAGCCCAGAGAUGUGGGGGCUUCAGACUCUGUAGGCACUGCUACUCUCCACCUAUGGGGCAGUAGGGUGGCGCCACCCCUGUUGCCAACCAGUUCCCGGAGGCCCCUAUGUGCAGGAGGUCCCCACCAAGUGGACUGACACAGCUGAGGAGGGCCAGUGGCCUACAUGAUGAUGUCAGGUACUGGCAGCCUUUUCCUGGUGGCAUUAACAGUCCACAGCUAGCCGCCUCCGUUGUUCCAGGGUUGGGUGUUUGCUGCCCGUGCCAGCUAGCUGGACCCACUCAGGCUAACUGCGGACUUUGGCACAGAACUGCUGCCCAACUCCAACCUGGGGUGCCCACUUGGGAUUCAUUCUCAUCCUUGCCUACUGCCACCUCGUCAGGUGCCUUGGGCCUGUAGGCUGUAGUCUGUGUCCUCAGCUCCUCCUGGUGGCACAGAUUCAUUCUUUCAGGGGCCUUGUAUUCCUUGAUGGCAGGUACUGCCCUUUUGGCUCACUCCUAUCACUGUAAACGGGGCCUCCCCCUACUGCGCCUCCCUCCUGCCUUCCCAAUCUGGAAGCCAGAGUGGCUGGUGAGUAGUGCCUGGGAGAGUUGCUGUGCAGGGCACCAGUGAGUCACCUGCCCCUGUGGCCAUGGUGGGCUUGCCAGGACAGUUGACAAUUCCUUAGGCAUGGGCUGCUGUUUUUGUUUUUUCUGUUCCCUAAAGUUUACUUCAUUUUCCCGAAGCAGUUGGAGUAGGCAGCCUGGGGGGCAUGUGGGUCCUUCCACCUCAGCACAAGCUGGAGAUGGCCAUGUGGCUUUUGUGUAUAGAAUGUGGAAACUUC